CCACAAUAAUCAAAGAAAAUGGCUCUAGGCAUCUCCGCAUCUCUCUAAGGCAUCUCCCCUCUCUCCUCAUAUACACGUGUUGUUUAUAUAUAUAUAUACACACACACACUUUUCCAUCGUUGGCGUCGGAGUUUCUGGUGCCAAACCUUGGUUUUGUUACCGUCUAUAUCUUCCCUUAUCGCUGGGUUAGUCAUUUGAUAGGCUCUCUUUCUCUCUCCUCAUUUUCUCCGUCUGAAAGGUCCUUUCAACAACUCGAUACAUACAUAUACAUAUAUAUAUGUAUGUAAUAGUAUAAAUUUGUCUCAAAAUUCCUCUUCCCGGAGUCCAUCACAGGUCGUGAUUCCUCAAUUUCAGGGAUGGGUAAGAAGAAGCAAGUUUGCGAGGAUUCAGAGGUGUCGUUGGAUGCAAUUGACGAGCAAUGUCUGAGUUCUCCGAAGGAAGGGAAGAGGAAGAGAUUGUGGAAGCAGGUUAGGUAUCAGCUGGUGGAAUACCACUCAUUGCCUGGGUAUUUGAGGGACAAUGAGUUCAUUGUUGGUCAUUAUAGGUCUGAGUGGCCGUUAAAGCAGAUUUUACUCAGCAUCUUCACCAUUCACAACGAAACCCUCAACGUCUGGACGCAUUUGAUUGGUUUCUUUAUUUUCCUUUCCCUGACAAUAUACACUGCAAUGAAGAUUCCAAAAGUUGUUGAUCUUUCUGAUGUACUGAAAAAAGCCGAUCUGCACAAACUGCAUGCAGAACUUAUGGCUUGCCUGCCUUCCUUACCCAACAUGCCGGAUUUGCACAGAUUUCGGGAGGAAUUGAAAACUUCAUUACCUACAAUUGAUUUGAUACCAUCACCGUCAAAUUGGCAUAUUAUAGAACUCCUCACCAAUUGUUUGCCUGAGCGAUUCUCCCAUGGCAACCAUACUGAUAUUUGUGUUCUGCAUAAUGUCAAGGAAGAUUUGGCAAACAUAAUAGCACCCUUGAUGAUGAGGCCAAUCACACGGUGGCCAUUUUUUGCCUUCUUGGGUGGGGCCAUGUUUUGCUUGCUAUCUAGCAGUACAUGUCACUUACUUUCAUGCUACUCUCAGCGUUUAUCAUACAUUAUGCUUAGGCUUGAUUAUGCUGGGAUUGCAGCCCUCAUCUCGACCUCCUUCUAUCCUCCUGUUUACUACUCCUUCAUGUGCGACCCCUUCUUCUGCAAUCUCUACAUGGGAUUUAUAACUCUCUUGGGAAUUGCCACAAUCUUGGUUUCUCUCCUUCCGGUUUUUGAGAAACCCGAAUAUCGCAGCAUUCGUGCAUCCCUCUUCUUUGGGAUGGGCGUAUCUGGCGUGGCUCCCAUUCUGCACAAGCUUAUCUUGUUCUGGGACCAGCCUGAGGCGCAUCACACAACUGGUUAUGAAAUUUUAAUGGGGAUUUUCUAUGGGGUUGGAGCGUUGGUUUAUGCCAUGAGGAUUCCAGAACGAUGGAUGCCUGGGAAAUUUGACAUUGCUGGGCACAGCCACCAACUUUUCCAUGUACUGGUAGUUGCCGGUGCUUACACCCAUUAUCAAGCAGGGCUUGUUUACCUCAAGUGGCGGGACCUUGAAGGUUGCUGAAUGAUUAAUUCGAUAAUAAUGGCCUAGAAGGGGGCGGCCGUCUUUGUUGGUGUACUGAUAGUUGAUAUAGGUGUGUAUAAAUGCGAGUAAGCAUCUGUCCUGUUGCAACAGUAUGAACUUCCUUAUUAAUGAAACGUGGAGUUUCUGUGAUCCUAUAGUUAUGUGUGUGGAUAUGCAUCUCUCUCUCUUUCAUGUACUAUUCGCAAAAGGUCAUUGAAUGACAUGCAAGUAGGUAGUUAUAAGCUGGGACGGGAUUGGAACCCAUUUCGUACUCGGCUUUCUGGGUUAAUUGUAAGCAAAUGUUGUUAGUAGUAAAUGAAAUUCCUAUUUGUUUUGUACAAAA